UAAUUAAAACCAAAUCCAAGCCCCAUCCUCCAUUGAUAAUUCAUAUUCCUUUUUUAUUCUUUCAUCCUCCAUUUCAUCCUGUUCGACACACACACACACACACGCAUGCAAUCGAAAUUCAAACACACACAGUGGAACAAUUGUGGAUGUUAAUCUCAAAAUCUCUACACUGGUAAAUCCCUCCGGUUAUCGUUGGCCGUGAAUAGGCCGAGCCGAGUCUACCAUGACUCGGCGAUGCUCUCAUUGUAGCAACAACGGCCACAACUCACGCACAUGUCCGUCGCGAGGCGGUGGUGUUAAGUUGUUCGGCGUUAGACUCACUGAUGGCUCAAUCAUGAAAAAGAGUGCUAGCAUGGGGAAUCUCUCCGCUCUUUAUCACUCGUCGUCUCCGGCCGCCGUCUCGCCCAAUCCUAGCUCCCCCGCUACCUCUGACCCCGUCGAGGGUUACCUCUCCGACGAUCCUUCCGCUAAACGCCGCGCCGAUCGCAAAAAAGGUACUCCAUGGACAGAAGAAGAACAUCGGUUGUUUCUACUUGGUCUGCAAAAAUUAGGCAAAGGAGAUUGGCGUGGCAUAGCUCGUAAUUAUGUGUUAUCCAGAACUCCUACACAAGUUGCUAGUCAUGCUCAAAAGUAUUUCAUACGACAAUGCAGUGCUACACGAAGAAAAAGACGUUCUAGCCUCUUCGACAUGGCUCCAGAUACUGCGGCGGCAGAACCACCGGAAGAUCAUUUCAUGCUCCCUCCGGCAGCAGCUACAGCUACAGAUCACGCGGACAACUCCAAGUGCUCGUUGAAACUCUCGUUGAAACCUGAUUCCGAUCAGUCCAUGGAAAUGAAACACGAGAUGAAAGAAGAAGCAUCGUCGGCGACGGCGACUGCGACUGUGUCUGUGAGUGAGCUUCCGCCGAUAAUACCUGCGUUUUAUCCGGCCUAUAUUCCGGUUCCGUUUCCGGUAUGGCCGUCGACCAUGACUCUGGUUGAAGAAGGAAAUAGUAAAGGCGGAGGAGCGAAUGAAUCUCAUCAUCGUGUGGUGAAACCGAUUCCGAUUUUGCAAAAGGAACCCUUGAAUUUAGAUGAACUCGUCGGAAUGUCGUCGCAGCUAACCCUAAAAGAGACCGCCGACCACCACCACCACAUGGAGCCGUCGCCGCUGACGUUGAAGUUGUUGGCGGAACCCUCGAGGCAGUCGGCGUUUCAUGCUAGCUCCGGUGUAAACAAGCGCGACGGGAAUGCUUUCCGGGCGGUUUAAUUAAUGGGCUUUGAAAUCCGAAACUUUUUUUUUAUACUGUUCCGGUUC